AUGGAUCACAACGGCCGGCCAGAUCCGCCUACCGCACUGCGCCGAAUCAUCCAGACGAGAUACGCCAGUUAUUUACCGCAAGAUGCUCCGGGCUUGCCUAUCUUUUGUGCAGGCGGCUUGGCCACUAGAUUGCUCGCGGCUCUGACGUCGUCCUCUCCCGAUACUGGCUCCGUGGAGAUUGAUACGCUCGUUGCUUACGUCGCCGAAGGUGACAACCGUCUUGAUGCAAAGGCCUUCGCUUGCGAAGUUGUGUCUAUCUUCAAUCUCAUUUGA